AUGCUUGCUGCAACACCUAAAGCAUUUAAAAGUGGAUUUAAGCCAGGAGGUUUCAAGAGCUUCAUCUAUUCAUGUAUUCCCAGCAAAGAAGAUGAUAGCCUUCCUAGCCCCGGAGAUGUCGAAAAUCAAGCAGGGAUGCAUCCCUCUGCCAGAUUCUCCUCUUUGGAGGGGAUUUUACCAUGUGUGCUUCAUAUGUGCAUGCCCAGAGCAUUGAGAAGUUGCUUGAACUGGCUCUUCAUGGUUAUUCUAGCCAUGAACAUAAUUAAGAAUUCCUUCGUCCUGUUAGGUUCAAAAACAAUGGAAGGGCUUAGGGAAAAAAAAGAAAUGCACUUGCAGGCAUUAAAGUUGCUAAAGAAAUUAAACAAAGAAGCUGGACCUGCAGUCUACAAAGGAUGGGGAGAAGAUCCUGGGAACUAUUCUAAAAUUGCUCGCAAAUUUAAAAAUGGGAGGUUGGUCAAGAAGUGUAUAAGAUCUCCCGUCAUGGUGGCCAUACUUAACGGGAACUAUGACUUUGUUAUCGAAACUAUAGAAGAAUUUCCACAGCUGAUGCUGUCGACAGAUGUUGAAGAUGGGGGGAGUAUGCUCCAUCUUGCUGUUCGAGUACGCGAACUGGAAAUCUUUAAACACUUGCUAAGAAUGAGAGAGACUGUCAUUGAAAGCACCGAUGCAUUCGGCAACACUGUCCUGCAUAUUUCAGCCAAAUUAGCCCCGUCACAACAACUCAACACAAUUGCUGGUGCUGCACUCCAACUACAACGGGAGUUACAGUGGUUCCGGAGUAUAGAACAAUUGACACCAGAAGUACUUCAAGAUGCCUUAAAUUUUGAGGGUAAGACAGCUAGCAAUGUGUUUUCUGAGGAGCAUGAAAUGUUAGUUAAGGAGGGUGAGAGAUGGAUGAAGGACACAGCGACGUCUUGCACGGUUGUCUCUGUGCUCAUUGCCACAAUGGUGUUUGCCUCCGCCUUCCAAGUUCCAGGGGGGAUCAACAGCAAUGGCUUGCCUAACUUACUCCAACACACUCCUUUCAUGGUUUUCACCAUUUCCAUCGUCAUCGCGCUAUCUACUUCCCUAACUUCAGCAGUCAUGUUUCUCUACAUCCUCACCGCCCGUUAUGCAGAAGAAGAUUUUCGAUUGGCCCUGCCAACAAGAUUAAUUCUCGGCCUCGCAGGUGUAUUUAUAUCAAUAAUUGCUAUGAUGGUGUCUUUCACUGCAACAAUUUUUCUGAUGCUCAGUGCGAUUAAAAUGCCGUGGGGUGUCUUUGCAGUCUACAUCCUUGCGUGCUUCCCAGUCACCAUCUUUGCCAGCAUGCAGCUUCCUCUGUUCAUUACUUUGGUGAGAUCUACUAUUUGUGAAAGCAAUCUUUUAGAAGAAAAGAAAGGAUCAAGUCUACUUAAUCAAGUUAAAGCCAUACUUCCUUGCAUAUCUCGCUGUAAUAUGUAUUCUACGUUGCAGUAA